AUGUCUGGUUACUCAGGUCCACCAUCGGUUAAUCCAUAUUGGUACUAUGAUCCUCAUGGAUAUCAACCUAAUGUUAGUGUUUCAUUCAAUACAAAUAUUUCAGUUAAUACAUCACCACAUCCGUCAUUUGAUUUCUAUCAUAACAGCAAUAAUAAUAGUCGAUUUGCUGAUUCUGGUUAUCUAUCUCGAACACCUACGCCACCAACACCUGUACGUAUUUCUUCACCACAACCGAUAUCAAUACGACAAGAAUUAGAUAACAAAGAAUCAGAUUCAAGAAUGUCGGAAAAACCAUUAGAUGAAAAUAAACCACGUUUACCGUAUGUAAAACGUACUAGAAUUCAAUAUACAUAUCAACAAUUACAAAUAUUGGAAGCAGCUUUUCAAAAGAAUCAUUAUCCAGAAGUAACAACUGUUGAUAAUCUUGCUGACCUUCUCGAUGUUCGACAUGAAAAAAUUUCAAUCUGGUUUCAAAAUCGACGUUCUCGUUUUAAGAGACAACAAAAACCUAAAACUACAUCAUCAUCAAAUGAUGUAACUAAAAAAAGAACUCAUCCAGUUCCAAUACCAUCAGCUGUAUCAACAUCAUCCUUUGAUCCAUCAUCAUCUUAUGAUCCAUCAUCUUAUUAUCCAUCAUAUUUUUGGCCAUCUCCAAUCGUUGAUACUCGAACAGCAACAUCGUAUUCAGCUAAUCCUCAUGUUCCAUCUUUCUAUGAUACUAACACAAGUCCCAUGUGGAAUACGAAUAAUAAUGCUGGUUAUUUAAGCUCGACACAAUGGCAUCAAUCGUAA